CAUUUAUUUGUACAAAAAUCCUACACACACUAGCAAGUUAUAUUUCUAGCUAGGUUAUAUUACCCUCUUGCAAUGGGAUUCCGUCCAAGGAUGUCGAUGCUCGUUCUCACUUUGUUCGAAAUGUUUUUCUCGCUUGGUGCCACAACAAAAAACGCAACUUUUGAUCAAAAUUAUUAUGUAACUUGGGGACAAAAUCGUAUUUUGUUUUUUAAACAUGAACAAGAAGUUCAGUUGUCGUUAGACCAAUCUUCAGGUGCUGGAUUCGGAUCUAGAUCAUAUUAUGAAUCUGGAUUCUUUCAAAUGAGGAUUAAACUACCAGAUAAGGAUUCGGGUGGCGUCGUUACUGCUUUUUAUUUACAUUCAAACGUGGGCAUACACGAUGAGUUGGACUUCGAGUUCUUGGGAAACAGGCCGGGCAAACCCAUCGUUUUACAAACAAAUGUAUUCGCACACGGGCUUGGCGGUAGAGAGCAAAGAAUCCGUCUCUGGUUUGAUCCCUCGGAAGAUUUUCAUUACUACAAACUCCUUUGGAACCAACAUCAAAUUGUGUUUUUCGUGGAUAACAUGCCGAUUAGGGUAUACAAGAACCGCGUAGUACAUGGUGUAGCCGGGUACCCCCAUAGACCGAUGCAAGUGCUUGUAAGCUUGUGGGAUGGAUCUAAUUGGGCCACUGAUGGAGGCAAAACCAAAGCUAAUUGGACCCAAGCACCAUUUCAGGCCCACUUUCAAGAUUUUAACAUUAAUGGUUGCCGUUCAAACCCACAUAGCCCAAAUAAGGAUUGUUAUUCCACAAAGUACUGGUGGAAUAAUAGAAAUUAUUUGCAGUUAAACAGUCACCAAAUGAGAGAAUUAGCGGCUGUGAGAAGAAAGUAUAUGACUUAUGACUAUUGUACUGAUAAAAAUAGGUACCCUAUAGCUCCAGUAGAGUGCCUUGAGGGUUGAGGAGUAAAAUAGUAAUUUUACUAUUUUAGUAUUAACUUAUAUUGGGCUGGGCUGGGUUGGGCUUAGCCUGUUAUACAUUUAACUGCCCGUAUUUUAUUUUACUAGCAAUAAAAUUGAAACCAUAUGUACUUGAUUUCCUAAAAGUUUAGUAUUGAAAGAGUAAUGUUUUUUUUCCAGUUA